AUGCCCCAAGACCUUCCUUUAUGCCCCAAGACCCUCGUCCACGCCCCAAGCCCCUCUCCACACCCCAAGACCCUCCUCCAGCCCCAAGCCCCUCCUCCACGCCCCAAGCCCCUCCUCCACGCCCAAGACCCUCUUCCACGCCCCAAGACCCUCCUCCACGCCCCAAGACCCUCCUUCAUGCCCCAAGACCCUCCUUCAUGCCCCAAGAACCUCGUCCAUGCCCCAAGACCCUCGUCCACGCCCCAAGAACCUCCUCCACGCCCAAGACCCUCCUCCACGCCCCAAGCCCCUCCUCCACGCCCCAAGCCCCUCCUCCGCGCCCCAAGACCCUCCUCCACGCCCCAAGACCCUCCUCCCAUGCCCCAAGACCCCCGUCCAUGCCCCAAGACCCUCCUUCAUGCCCCAAGACCCUCGUCCAUGCCCAAGACCCUCGUCCACGCCCCAAGACCCUCCUCCACGCCCCAAAGACCCUCUUUUCAUGGCCCAAGACCCUCGUCCACGCCCAAGCCCCUCCUUCACGCCCCAAGACCCUCCUCCACGCCCCAAGACCCUCCUUCAUGCCCCAAGACCCUCGCCACGCCCCAAGACCCUCGUCCACGCCCCAAGACCCUCGUCCAUGCCCCAAGACCCUCGUCCAUGCCCCAAGACCUUCCUUCAUGCCCCAAGACCCUCGUCCACGCCCCAAGACCCUCGUCCAUGCCCCAAGACCCUGUCCAUGCCCCAAGACCUUCCUUCAUGCCCCAAGACCCUCGUCCACGCCCCAAGCCCCUCUCCACGCCCCAAGCCUCCUCCACGCCCCAAGCCCCUCCUCCACGCCCCAAGACCCUCCUCCACGCCCCAAGACCCUCCUCCGCGCCCCAAGCCCCCUCCCACGCCCCAAGACCCUCCUCAUGCCCCAAGACCCUCGUCCAUGCCCCAAGACCCUCGUCCAUAACCCAAGACCUUCCUUCAUGCCCCAAGACCCUCGUCCACGCCCCAAGCCCCUCUCCACGCCCCAAGACCCUCCUCCACGCCCCAAGCCCCUCCUCCACGCCCCAAGCCCCUCCUCCACGCCCCAAGACCCCUCCACGCCCAAGACCCUCCUCCACGCCCAAGCCCCUCUUUCACGCCCCAAGCCCCUCCUUCACGCCCCAGCCCCUCCUCCACGCCCCAAGACCCUCCUCCGCGCCCCAAGCCCUCCCCUCCGCGCCCAAGACCUCCUCCACGCCCAGACCCUUCCAUGCCCCAAGACCCUCCUUCACGCCCCAAGACCCUCCUUCACGCCCAAGACCCCCUCCACGCCCCAAGACGCUCCUCCACGCCCCAAGACCCUCCUCCACGCCCCAAGACCCUCCUUCAUGCCCCAAGACCCUCCUUCAUGCCCAAGACCUCGUCCAUGCCCCAAGACCCUCGUCCACGCCCCAAGAACCUCCUCCACGCCCCAAGACCCUCCUCCACGCCCCAAGCCCCUCCUCCACGCCCCAAGCCCCUCCUUCCUAG